AUGUUUCCGACCGUCGCGCUGUUUCCUUCGGUGCAUCCACAUCACCAUAUGCACCCCUACCCCUCUCACGAUGCUCUACUUCAAUCCCCCUACGACCUGAAUGACCCCGGUUUCCCCGCAACGAACGACCCCUCCAAAUCCUUCUAUAAUCCGGUAUUGCGAUCACGCCUUCCACUGCCACAACCCGUCCAACGACUUGAUGCCCGCGAUGCAACAACCUCGGGCUCCAACGCGCAUGCCACGGCCGAACAUGCGUUGAGAAGGAAGACGCCGAACGGCACUCUGGCUGCUGGCUACGAUGGUACCCCCGGCGACACUACCAUUCAACCCGCAACAAAACACAUCCUGGUCUCGCCGAUGGACUCGAUCCAGUUUCUGUCACCCCAGGCAGGACUACCGGGAGACAUUUGGCCGCAGCCUGCCCUGGACCAACCGGGCCCCAAGCAUAUGAACUUUCCACCCGUGUUCAAGAACGAUGGAACUAAUCCUCUGGCGACAGGAGAGUUUGUGCAGGAUGCCAACGGCACCAGCUGGGUGCGUCCCGUCAACUAUCCUCCCGGCAUCGACUCGGUCUUGAAUCAAAGUUUGCCCCUGCAGGGACCGCAACGGUUUGUCAUGCAUAACGGUGCCUACGUCCCGACUGUCCUGCCUGCAACUCUUCAACAAUGCGUUGGACCGACUGCCUCCGCCGGCACUGGCCCAUAUGGUCCAUAUUGGCCGGACGGCGUGUACAUUCCAUAUCGCCCUGCAGCAAUACGUGAUUCGCGUUUUGGCUCUCCUCACCCAACUGGCCAAUCUUUCUUCGACCUAAAUCAGCCGGCUUUCAACCAAUCUCAAAUACCUCUGGGCAGUCGCCCAGAUACAUCCUUUCCAUGGGGCCAAUCUGCACCUAGCGUGCCCACGCAUGAUCCCCUCAUGAAACCUAUUUUCCCUCCUCGACAUUCGGAUCAAUUACCUUAUCAUGCUCGAGUCAAUCGAUCCAUUUCGGGGCUUGCCUCGAACGCCUCUAACAACAAUUCCAUGAAUUGGACUGGCCGUCCUUCGACAGGACCCAAUUUCCAGGGCCCAGGCCCAGCGAUCACUGGCAACAUCGAAUUCAAAGAGAAAAUACUCUCGUGGGCACAUGGUGUCUACGUCGAUUUGCUUGCCACAAUUCACCAGGCUCGCCGCAACAGUAUUUCUAACAGCGGUGCUGAUGGACACAGCCAACGGUUUUUGAAACCGAGCAUCUACCCAAAACCUCCCCGCCAACCGGGUCUCGACUUUUCUCAAAAUGCCCCCGAUAUCCAUCGCCAUAAUAGCUACCCAUCCAGUCAAUAUGAUCUACAACGGCAAAAACUUGGCUUACUGGCUAACAACAGGAUGAACGCUCACUCCGCCUCACUCUCACAAAGCAAUAUUCACGGUCGUCGUCCAUCGCUGAGCCAUUUCUCACAUCACCAUAGAGGCUCAGACUCGAAGAUGAGAGAUGUUGGUCGAUUCUCGGCGUCUACGACUGGGUCUCAGUUCUCAGGCUCUCCGUUCAAUGAAGGAUCUCCCGUCAAUAACGCGGCGUCGGCUCUAGAAAUGCUCUCUCAUCUUUGCAUGGAAAGCAAUUGGGAAUGGAUCGACGGAAUGCUUCUUGGUGGCUGCUUAGCCUACGGAUUGGGUGAUUACCACAAAGCUAUGCGAUGGUAUUCUAGGAUUAUUGCUCGUGAUUCUACUCACGUUGAAGCCAUCUCCAACCUCGCCGCAACGCUGUUAGCGCUCGAUCGUCGAGAGGAAGCUUUGCAGCAUUGGUUGCGUGCCGUGAAAUUACGACCGAGUUUCUUCGAGGCUGUCGAGCAUUUGAUUGGUCUAUUGUGCACUAGUCACCGUGGCAGAGAGGCCGUCAACAUCAUCGACUUUGUACAAACAUCCCUCCGUCAUCCUAAGGAUGGGGAUUGUUUCAAGGCGGAUGAGCAUGCCAGCGAACCCGAAAGCGAUGCCGAGAGCAACGUGUCUGAUGUCGGCAUGUAUGAUAAGGCAUCAUUCGACUACGACGAGGAUAUGGGGCGGGUCCAUGGCUUGGGUUUGGGUUCACUCGAUACCUCUACACCCGCUGGGUUUGCGACCAGCGGGUACGCUAUUCCUGGCUCAGACAAUGGACGAAUGCUGGCCCUCGUUCAUGCCAAGGGGAAUAUGUUGUACGCCCUUGGUGAUAAUGCGGGAGCUGCCUCUGCGUUUGAAGAUGCCGUUCUGAUUGCUGCUGGAAGAAGGCGGCAUGGUAUCCAGAGCCUUAUCAAGCAGAUAUUUGCUGCCUUCUCUCAUCGACCAAGUAACGGAUACCACCAGCCCGAGUCCGAUUCCAACGAGAGUGUUCUUCUGUAUCCUGACAGAGCUCUUCAGACUUCGAAACUCGUCUUCCAGUCUGGCGGGACACCGCCUGGGCUGAAAUACGUUGCCGAAGGUAUUUCCCGCAACGCCGCCGUUUCCACCACCAGCAACUCGCUCCUCUCUUUGGCAAAGAUCUAUCAGGAUGGCAUGUCGACUGUUUCAUCCGGGGCCCCAAAGUCUGCGCCUGGCGUGCGGGAUAUUCUCGCUCUUUACUACCUUUCUCUCUCCUUGCAGCCGAGCCCAUCAACCGCUAACAAUGUUGGUAUUUUGCUGGCUGGUAUUCAAAAUAAUCCACCGGCCCGGGGACUGGUCCGCCCGAAUGGCGAGAGCCAGCAUCCUGAUAUACCCGGCGUUGUGCCCGGCAGUGGUAUCUCCUUGGCAUUGGCAUACUACAAUUACGGACUGCAUCUCGACUCUCGCCAUGCUCACCUGUAUACCAACUUGGGAAGUCUACUCAAAGAUAUUGGCCAACUCCAGGCCGCUAUCAAGAUGUAUGAGCAAGCCGUUCAGUGCGAUGGUAACUUUGACAUUGCCCUGGCCAAUUUGGCCAACGCUGUUAAGGAUGCUGGUCGCGUCAACGAUGCCAUCUCGUACUACAAGCGCGCUGUCAAGGUGAACCCCGACUUUGCCGAGGCGGUAUGCGGCCUGGCUAAUGCGUUGAACUCGGUAUGCAACUGGGUCGGUCGUGGAGGCAUUAUCAAUAGCCGUGGCUUCCGCGAUCGCUGGCAUGUGGACGAGAAGGGUAUGCUCCGAGAUGCUCAAAGCAGUGACUCGGGAGCUGGCUGGAUCAAGAGAGUCGUCGAUAUUGUCGACCGGCAAUUGCGUGAAGGCGAGUACUGGGGCCGGGGACUGCUGACCCCAAACACGGCCGAGCAGCUCGUUGCUCAAUUAGCCACUGCACUAGACUCGGGUCGUCUAGGCUCUAACCGCCGGUUAUCCCUGGCCAAUGUUCUUCAGUCUUGGGCUGGCAAGAAAUGGGAGGGUUCCCGUAUUGUCCGUCUGGUUGAGCGUGCCAUACGGUCAAUCACAUGGCAGUGGUAUCAGGAUCGCUAUGUCUAUGGCAAAGACUAUCCUGCUUCCAAGUACCGUCGCCCUCAACUUCCAACAUCUCUCUCGGCUCCAAACGCCCCGACGGUUCUGCCGUUCCAUACCUUCACUUGCCCUUUGUCGGCCAAGCAGAUCCGACAAAUCUCUCAGCGCAAUGGCCUACGCAUCUCCUGCUCGACGCUGCGGUUGCCAUGGCUCCCGACGACUGUCUAUCGACCACCAUCCCCUCCAAAACCCUACCUUCGAGUUGGCUAUGUAUCGUCGGACUUCAACAACCAUCCUCUCGCUCACUUAAUGCAGUCUGUGUUUGGACUGCACAACCCCAACAGGGUGAAAGCGUACUGCUACGCGACCACUGCCAGCGACAAAUCCAUUCACCGCCAGCAGAUCGAGAAGGAAGCACCCGUCUGCCAUGACGCCAGCGGGUGGCCAGUCGAUCGACUAGUUCAGCAGAUCGUUGACGACGGUAUUCACAUUCUCAUCAACUUGAAUGGAUAUACCCGCGGAGCACGCAAUGAAGUCUUUGCCGCUAGGCCCGCCCCGAUUCACAUGUCAUUCAUGGGUUUUGCUGGUACUCUCGGCGCAGAGUGGUGCGACUACAUCCUCGCUGACCAGCUCUCCAUUCCUCCGGAAACCCUAAGUCCCGGACGACGCACUACGCGGAUAGAGGAUCGGAUGCUUGAAGAUGACAAUGGUGAGGACCUGGAAGAUUGGGUCUACGGCGAGAAGAUCGUUUUCACUCGUGACACGUUCUUUUGCUGCGAUCAUCGACAGAGUGCGCCAGAUGCAGGGGAACGACCGCUCUCCUGGGAUGAAGAGCAAAUGCGACGCUGGAGGAUGCGUAAGGAGCUAUUUCCUCAGCUGAGCGAUGAUACUAUCAUCCUGGGGAACUUCAAUCAGCUGUACAAGAUUGAACCCACUACAUUUCGAACGUGGCUGCGUAUUUUGGCGCGUAUUCCCAACUCUGUUCUCUGGCUCCUGCGGUUCCCCGAGACGGGUGAGCAGAACCUUCGGGAGACCGCCAAGGCAUGGGCUGGAGAACAAACGGCCUCCCGGAUUAUCUUUACGGACGUGGCACCGAAGAACGCGCACAUUGCGCGGGCCAAGGUGUUGGAUCUCUUCCUCGAUACGCCCGAGUGCAAUGCUCACACGACGGCGACCGACGUUCUCUGGAGUGGGACACCGCUGCUCACCCUCCCGCGGUACAAGUACAAGAUGUGCUCGCGGAUGGCCAGCAGCAUUCUUAGCAGCGCGCUCCCAAGCGGCGAAAUGGGCAAUCGAGCCCGCGAGGAGCUCAUUGCGACUUCGGACGAUGACUACGAGAACAAAGCAAUCCGACUGUGCAUGGAUUUGCAAUACAUGCCUAGUGGCGAAGGCCGCGCACGAGGCCGACUGGCCGACAUUCGACAGAUGCUGUUUCUACAGCGAUACAAGAACAAGCUAUUUGACACGGCGCGCUGGGUGCGCGACCUGGAAGAUGCUUACGAGGCGGUGUGGGCGCAAUGGGUGAAUGGCGAAGAAGGCGAUAUCUGGUUAUGA